AAUGAUGUAACACAACUUACAGAAUUAAUAGCAGCGCUUCAGAAUAAAGUGGUUGAGUUGCAAAAGACGACAUUUUCAAGUGCAGCGCAAUCUAUAACGCAAAAUGAUAAACUGAGGUACGAUCGUGCUGUUCAACUGUAUGAGAACCUUAGACAAAGCGACAGAAGACCAGCAGAUUGUGAAAAUAUGGCUACAGUAAUCCUACAGAUCCUGGCACAGAGAGAAAAACUUCACAGGGAGAUUUUGUCCAAUUUAAGUGAAGUAAUGGUCUGUAGAAGAGACAUGCGCAGGCUGAUGCAACGUCUUCUUUCAGUCAAAUCUAAACUUGCUACCAGAGCGGAGGAUCUAAAAGAGAUGCAGAAACAGCGACAAGUUGACCUUUGGAAGCUUCUCCAGUCAAAGAGACGACGAGAAGAUGAACGACGCCGUUCGAUGAGCAGUUCAUAUUCAUCUUUCUCUUCGAUUACAGCGUCAAGUUGCAGUACGCAGUCUACUGUCCUAAUAGAGGAGAGCUCAAAGAGUUUUGAAAAAUUGGCUGGACUAUUAAACAUGUUGAAGAGGGAUCAGAUAAAUGAUACGGAGAUUUUCGACUGGGAAUUCCUGGAAGAAGAAAGUGAAUCAACCGAAAAAGGAAGUGUGUGAAAAAUGUCGGCGAUUGUUAGUCUCGUGAAAAAGUGAUUGUUUCAUUUCAAAAUAUUUCAAUUUGAACAGUAUGUGCUACACUUUUCGAAGUAUUAAGCGGACUUAUCUGCCAAGCAUUUGCUAUCACGGUCGCCAUCAAAAGGAACGAGUUUUACUUCUUAAAAGGAAUGGUGGUAAUCGUUUUCAGUACUUUUUUUUGUUGAUAACAAGGUUUUAGCUUGUUUAGAGUGGACUACUGUAAAAUACCAUAUAAGGGUUGCUGCUUAAAUCCCGUUUGCGUGGGUUUAUCUCGGCAUUUUUUUAACUGUGUAUAGCGUAUUUAGUGUCUUGUAGCAAUAAAAUUGCUUUUAUGCAGAACUUAA